UAAACCACAGUGCGGAUUAUAAAAAGACCGUAAACCCCCUGUCGUUUGCACCGAGGCUGACGAAUUUGCCCACAGAUCAUCUCCAGUGAUCCUUCCUGAUCCUGAUCCAGACCUCCCAGCAUGUCUCUCAGCACCAGAUCCUACGGCCAGAGGACCAUGAGUGUCUACGGUGGAGCUGGCGGCCGUGGCACCCGCAUCUCCUCAACCCAGCAGAGCUUUGCACCAUCCUCCGGAGGCUUCAACCUGGCCGAUGGCCUGGACCUUCACGUCAGUGCCAAUGAGAAGGCCACCAUGCAGAACCUAAACGACCGCCUGGCCUCCUACCUGGAGAAGGUGCGCACCCUGGAGAAGGAGAAUGACCGUCUGGACAAACAGAUCAGAGACUGGUACCAGACCAGGACAGUCAUCUGCCACGACUACACCAGCUACUUCGCCAUCAUCGAUGACCUGAAGGACAAGAUUCGCAUUGCCUCAAGGCUUAAUGCCAAGACAAUUCUGGACAUUGACAAUGCAAAACUGGCUGCUGAUGAUUUCAAAAUGAAGUAUGAGAACGAGCUGGCCAUGAGGAUGACCGUGGAGGCUGACAUCGCUGGGCUGAAGAAGGUGCUGGAUGAGAUGAAUCUGGCCAGAAUGGACCUGGAGACUCAAUAUGAGAACCUGAAGGACGAGCUCAUCAUGCUCAAGAGGAAUCACGAAGAGGAGUUGGCUCUGCUGAGGAGCCAGAUGGGGGGACAGGUCAACGUGGCCGUGGAUGCUACUCCCUCUACAGACCUGAACCAGGCUAUGUCAGAUAUCAGGGACCACUAUGAGGGUGUCAUCGGCAAGAACCGCAAGGAUCUUGAGUCCUGGUACCAGAACAAGAUGGCAGUAGUGGAACAGGAAGUGAUCACACACACAGAGACACUGAUGUCAUCCCGCUCAGAGAUUAAGGACCUGAAGAGCACCCUCCAGAGGCUUCAGAUCGACCUGCAGUCCAAUUUGAGCAUGAAAGCAUCGUUGGAGGGCACCCUGGCAGAGACUCAGGCAAGGUAUGCUGCACAGUUAGCAAGUCUCCAGAACAUGGUCACAAGUCUGGAGGCUCAGUUGUCUCAGCUCCACGCAAACAUCGCCAGCAACAAACAGGAGUACGACAUGCUGCUGGACCUCAAGACCCGGCUGGAGAGGGAGAUCGCAGAGUACAGGAGGCUGCUGGAUGGGGAGGAUGACAGCUCAAAACAAGUGGUCACAAAGGUCAUCACAGUGGUGGAGACAGUUGUGGAUGGAAAGGUGGUCGACAGCAGCAAGACUGUUGAUGUGGACGUGGAUCAGAUUGAGUGAUAAAUUGCAAGUAUUUGCAAAAAAUAAUAAA